CGACGACUCUGACUUCAUCCUGAACGAUGCCAGCGUGAGCUCCAUGUAUGCCGACGUCACCGUCAGCACGGACGCCUCCGGAUCCCACACCAUCAACCACAAGCGUGCGUCCAGCACCGGGGGCGGCCCACCUGAUGAAGUUCUGAGUCUCCCUUGGAGUGACGAUGGCAGACAGCUCGCACUGCUUCUACUGUCGGGACGACCUUGGGGGGAAGAAGUUUGUCCGCAACGAAGGCAAGCCAGUGUGUGUCCGCUGCCACACCAAGUUCUGCGCCAACUCCUGUGCCGAGUGCCAUCGACCCAUCCCUCUGGAAUCAAAGGAGCUCAGCCACAAGGGCCGCUACUGGCAUGAGGAGUGUUUCCGCUGUGUGAAGUGUUACAAGCCUCUGGCCAAAGAGCCCUUUAGCACCAAGGAUGACCGCAUCAUGUGUGGGAAGUGCUGCUCCAGAGAGGAUGCUCCACGCUGCCAUGGCUGCUAUAAACAAAUACUUGCUGGCACAGAGAGUGUGGAGUACAAAGGGAACUCGUGGCACGACGAGUGUUUCACCUGUUGCAGCUGUAAACGACCAAUAGGAUCGCAGAGUUUCCUCUCCAAAGGAGAUGACAUUUACUGCAACCCCUGCUAUGACAAGAAGUUUGCCAAACACUGCUUCAGCUGCAAAAAGCCUAUAACCUCUGGAGGAGUGAACUACCAGGACCAGCCGUGGCACAGCCACUGUUUUGUGUGCAGCUCCUGUUCCAAGCCUCUGGCAGGGACGAGUUUCACCAACCACCAGGACCAGGUCUUCUGUGUUGACUGCUACAAGAGCUCUGUGGCAAAGAAAUGCAGCGGCUGCCAAAACCCCAUCACAGGUUUUGGUAAAGGAGUGAACGUGGUGAACUAUGAAGGCAGCUCCUGGCAUGAAUACUGCUUCAACUGUAAGAAAUGCUCCCUCAGUCUGUCCAACAAGCGUUUCGUAGUCAACGGGAAAGACAUCCUCUGCCCCGACUGUGGCAACAAGUAGAGACGGAAAACCUGGUCACUUUUUUCCUUUCUUUAUACAUAAAGUCUCCUUUUCAAUAUUUGCUUAAUUUUGGGGUGAUUACCCACAAAGUGAUGGAACAAUUGGGACCAAAAUGUAACUUGUGUCCACUGUUGAUUGUUUCUUCUGAUGCCGCAUGCAAACAUUAAAGCAUGUGAUGCCAGUGACAAGCUUUGUCCUAAAACAUAGAAAUCAGAGGCUUGAAAGAUAAAUAGAAUGUAGCUAAGGCUGGCAGUGUAGAAGACUGUUAUGACAUAAAAUAUAUAUGAUAUAAAACACAUAAAAACAACUUAACAGUCAAUUACAGUAAAUGAGCAGCAGAUUAAUGCAUUACUUACCUAAAAUAAAAGUAGCUCUAUACUGAGGAAAUGAUGUAGGUGAUUUUACAGAUCAUAAUUUUAUUUUUAAACUUUUCUUGUGCUUUUUUAUGAGCUGAUGGUUGAGAGUCAUCACUUUGUGUUAGUAUAAAGCUAGACGGCACCAUGUUUUUUUUUUUAAACAUACAUUUAAAAUAAAUAUGUGAAUUUGGAUCAUUCUAAAUGUAUUUUUUAUCCUCUUUUAGCAGAAUUAACUGCUUCCUAAGUGGCUUUAAUGUUGUUUUUCUAUUUUUGAAUGCUGAUAUUUUUCCUGUGACCAAAAAAGUGAUUUUUUUUAAAUAACCAAAAUUAUAUCUAUGUAGGUGAUUGCUGUUUAAGGGAUUACUAUGCUCAUUGUACAUUUUAAGUAAAUAAACUUGGGUGCACUUUUAUUAACUGAGGAAAGUGGAAAUUUAAAUAUCAAAUUGGAAUAUAUACAAACUGCAUGCCUUCAUGUGUUGCUAAAAUAAAAAACUUUCUACAAA